AUGGUGGUGGGUUAUGCGUUGUGUGGGUUGUAUGCGGUGGACUGUAUGCGUUGCAAGCUAUCUGUCGAUGGUGCCGAAUGGUUUAUAUACACUCUCUAUAUCGAGCACCCCCUGGACCACCAGGCCGAGGGGGUGUAUCGCACAUCCCGUUUGGGCUGCGGUCUGGUAGUGAUAGGAAAUGAUACGAUUUAG